AUGGUACAUGGCCAGGCUAGAUCUGAUAUUAGAAAUCUGAAAGAAAUGUGCAGGCGCAUGAAGGACCAAGCAAAAAAGGAAAUCUCAAGUCAUCAAAGAGAAACCAGGAAAACUGGAGGAGGGGAUCCACCAAAAGUAUUGUCACCUUUGGCAGUAUUGAUGAAAAACCUUAUUCCAAAUGAAUUCAUCCAGAGGAUCAAUCCAUUCGAUGAUGAUUUUGACUUGGCAUGUGGCUCUCAAAGACGAGUUGUAUCACCAGUGACACAAGUGUCAGAUGAUGAUAACAGUAACAAUGCUACAGUAAAACGAGUGAAUGAGGAAUCUGUGGAUACCAUAUAUAAUAUUGAUGACAGUGACAAUGUGUUUGACAUUGAUGUUGAAUCACAGAUUGAAGAUAAAAAUGACAGAAAAGAAACAGAAUGUCCUGUCGAAAAACGGUCUUCAUUUGGUUCAGAUAAUUCAAUAUCAGCAUCCAAAACGCCCAAGAUGGAUAUAGAGGGCACUAUUCUGAAAUUUUCUUCUGAAGAACACCAGUUGAAGAUGGAUAUUAUGAACAAAGAACAUCGAGCCAAAAUGGAUUUAUUCAAUUUGGAAAAGAAGGUAGCUGAAUCAUUACUAAGAAAACUGACAUCAUCAGAAUACAGUACCAAUACAUGUGACAAAAGAUUCAAACUUCAGUGGAGCAAAGGUAGCCAAGAUUUCAUGGUGAGGAAAGUCAAAGAUCCCAAGGAUUUUACAUUCAGGGAGGAGCUCAUGGAAGCCACUUUAAGCAGACUUGUCCAGGGGACUGUUCCCAAAGACGGUGCCAAACCUGUACCAGAACAAGCAAUGAGAUCCAUAGGCAAGAAAGAAAAACCAAACAAGUUGGAAGCCAUACAAAAUCAUGUCACAAGAUUCCACAGAAUUUGCUAAAUUAAAAUGAUAAUUGUGUAGAAAAUAAAAGAUACAGAUUCUAA